AUGCAGGGAUUUUCUGUCUGAAUUCUAUGGAAGCAGGUAGAUGAUCAUGUGAACGAUUCAGGAUGAGUAAUCAUGGAUGUAGUAUGGGAUACUAAGUAAAAACAGCGGUGCCUCCGUUUAAUUUAUGUUAUAUUUCAAGGCUACUGCCCGCGCGACUUGUUUAGUCUUUCUGGCGACUGAAACUUGGCUCCAGUCUCAGCUACAGUGGUGAGGAUUUGAAGCUAGCUGUCAGGUAGUAGCCCACUAGCAAGCCACAUCAGCACCGUUGCUAUUGGUCAAUCACGUUAGCAUCAGUAGAUUUCAUUAUGGCAGACAGUAUCAUGAGCAAGGCUGCAACCAUGGAGAUCCCCAUUAACAGCAAUGGAGACACAGGCACUCUCCCAGAGGAUGACAGUCUGGAGCAGGAUCUGCAGCAGGUGAUGGUGUCUGGACCCAACCUGAAUGAAACCAGUAUUGUCUCUGGAGGUUAUGGAGGACCUGCAGGGGGCAUCAUCCCAACCAGCAGUAUCAAAGGACCCGCAGUUUACUUCAACCCCGAGUAUCUGGACAGAAGACAAGCCCCUGCACCAGGACCAGACAUUCGCAUGAAAUCCAGGGGUGUUAACUUGCCUAAAAGUCAAUCUGCAGCAAGUCGACUUGCCCACCACACAGAGCAGCAUCCAGGGUCGUCGAACCAUAACACAAAUUCAACUGAAGAAGUUUCUCGUGGUGUAGCAGUGGAGAAACUGGACAGUGUGAAGAAAUGGGGCAUAAACACGUACAAGUGUACAAAGCAGAUGUUCUCAGAAAAGUUUGGCCGAGGCUCACGGACAGUAGACCUGGAACUUGAGGCUCAGAUUGACGUGUUAAGAGACACGAAGAGCAAGUAUGAAAACAUCCUAAGACUGGCCACCGCUCUCACCGAUCACUUUCAAAGAAUUGUGCAGACGCAGCAGGCUCUAGGAGAUGCCUUCACUGACCUCAGCCAGAAGUCCCCAGAGUUGCAGGAUGAGUUUGGGUAUAAUGCAGAAACACAAAAGCUGUUGUGUAAGAAUGGCGAGGCUCUGCUUGGUGCCAUCAACUUCUUCGUAUCCAGUGUCAACACACUGGUCAACAAAACAAUGGAAGAUACUUUGAUGACGAUUAAGCAGUACGAAAAUGCAAGACUUGAGUUUGAUGCCUAUCGCUCUGAUCUGGAGGAACUGAGUUUGGGACCAAGGGAUGCAGCUGGCGUGGUUCGCAUUGAGAUGGCUCAGCAUGAGUACCAGAUCCACAGAGACAAAUAUGAAAGGCUGCGUAGUGAUGUCACCAUCAAGCUUAAAUUCCUGGAAGAAAACAAGGUGAAGGUGAUGCACAAGCAGCUGCUUCUCUUCCAUAAUGCCAUCUCCGCUUAUUUUGCUGGCAACCAGCAGCAGUUAGAACAAACUCUUAUACAGUUCAAUGUAAAGUUAAAGCCCCCAGGAUCAGAUAAGCCAUCGUGGCUGGAGGAGCAGUAAUAUGCAUCCAGGGUUCAGCAUUUUGACAUGUACAGUUUCAUGCUGGCAUUGUGGUUAGAUGGCGAAUUUAAAUGGAUAAAGGAGUAUAUUGUAGAAUAAGUAGCAGCCAGAUAUAGCUCUUUUGUAAUGUUUUUCAGUAUGAUUUAUUACAUAGAUGGACAACUUUUUAAGUUGUUCUUAUGUUGUUUUAUGUUAAAUCACAAAAUUACCCCAUGUUAUUUUCUUACUCUUUAGUUAGCACAAUCAUUUCCAUCUCUUAUAUAUGUACAGGAUAGUCAACUAUUGUCGAGAUUCUCCUUUGCAGUUUGCACAUGCAUUAUUUUGAUGUAUUUGUAUUGUUGUGUAAGGUUCCCUUUUAAUAUUUCAGUGUACAUCAAAUAGGAGGAAUUCUUAAAAAAAAUAGCAAGUCAGCAGGGUACUGCUACAAUGUUCAGAAAUUAUAUUUAUUUUCCUUAUGCACAUGUGAUCAUGAGAUCAAUUUUAACACUUUUGAGUCAAACACAUCAGAAUAUAGAUUCAUUUUAUAUUUAUAUAUAUAUAUAUAUAUAUAUAUAUAUAAUCUCAAACAUGAUUUUUCUCUAACCUAAUAUACAGUCAUAAUUAUUUUACACCUAAAUUUUGGAUACAGUGUUAGAUCAAGUCCAGCACCAUUGCAACUAUCUGUCUUUUUUACUCUGGAGUUUACACAUGGAAACAAGCCUGAACAAACAUGACAUUUGUGUUUAACAGCAAAUCCCCAUCAAUUCCUAAUCUAAUCAGAUCUCAACAAUCAUAAAGAAAUCCGUAUCAAAACAUGGCACGCAGCCAGUGUUGCAGUGACUGUAGGAGCUGGCAUUGUGCAACUGCAAAACUUCCUUUUGAAAUACUAAAUGGGAAUAGUGGAUCAAGGUGCACUUUAGGUUACAGUACAAGUGUCAGCGUCAUCAAAAACAGAAUGUAUGAGUUCAUUUGUUAUAGUUUGCGUUAUUUAUUUACCUGUUUGUAACAUAAUUUGUAUGUUACUUAGAUUGUUUUAGUCAGCUGAUUGUCUUUAUCUUCUGCAAAUCCAAUAAAGUCUGCUGGAUGUUUUGUUUCACUUAGAUGUGCUUUCGACACAGGGGCUGUCAGUUUCGUAUGGUUACAGUUCACAGUAUGUAUGUAAAGAAAACUCACAAUAUUCAGUAUGUAAUUUUAAUUAUGUACAUGAUAAAAUAUAUCUGCAACAUG